AUGUCUUGGCUCCCUGUAGAAUCCGAUCCUGGUGUUUUCACGGAGAUUAUACAACAAAUGCAAGUGAAAGGUGUGCAAGUUGAAGAGUUGUAUUCAUUGGACAUUACUUCUCUUGAUGAAAUAAGACCUGUAUACGGAUUGGUAUUGCUUUACAAAUGGCGUCCUGAUGAAAAGGAGUCUCGUCCUGUAAUCACUGAACCAAACCCAAACUUCUUCUUCGCCAGCCAGAUAAUCAACAAUGGUUGUGCUACACAAGCCUUACUGUCUGUUCUCAUGAACUCUUCCAGUAUCGAGAUCGGUUCUGAACUAUCAGAACUGAAACAAUUCGCUAAAGACUUUCCAGCUGAACUCAAAGGUUUAGCCAUCAGCAACAACGAGGCGAUACGUGCAGCUCACAACACCUUUGCUAGGCCUGACUCAUCUUCCACCACCACGGAAGAAGAUGAGUUAUCCGCUAGGAGGAAGAAAAAAGAAGAUGAAGCUGAUGAUGAUGUGUAUCAUUACAUCAGCUACUUACCUGUCGACGGUAUCUUAUACGAGCUUGAUGGUCUUAAAGAAGGACCUAUUAGCCUUGGACAAUGUCUCGGUGAGCCAGAAGGAAUCGAGUGGGUCAAAAUGGUUCAACCAGUGGUGCAAGAGAGGAUUGAUCGGUAUCUGCAGAACGAGAUUCGGUUUAGUCUCUUGGCUGUGGUUAAGAACAGGAAAGAGAUGUAUAGGGCUGAGCUUAAAGAGUAUCAGUUGAAGCGGGAGAGGAUUUUGCAGCAGGUGGGUACCUUGCAAGCUGAUAAGUACGCUGAGAAGAGCAGCUACGAGGCUCUGGAUAAGUCUCUUUCUGAAGUCAAUGUCGGCAUCGAGACCGUGUCGCAGAAGAUUGUAAUGGAGGAAGAGAGGUCUAAGAACUGGAAGAAAGAGAAUCUGAGGAGGAAACAUAACUAUGUUCCUUUCCUCUUUAACUUCCUCAAGAUUCUUGCGGACAAGAAGAAGCUGAAGCCUCUGAUUGAGAAAGCUAGACGUAAUACCUGA